AUGUAUGACAACAUGUCCACGAUGGUGUUUCUGAAGGAAGAUAAGUUGGAGAAACUCACCCAAGAUGAGAUCAUUUCGAAGACCAAGCAGGUGAUCCAGGGCCUGGAGGCCUUGAAGAAUGAGCACAACUCCAUCCUGCAGAGUCUGCUGGAGACCUUAAAGUGUCUGAAGAAAGAUGAUGAAAGUAACUUGGUGGAAGAGAAGUCUAACAUGAUCCGAAAGUCUUUGGAGAUGCUGGAACUAGGUCUGAGUGAAGCACAGGUUAUGAUGGCCUUAUCGAACCACUUGAAUGCGGUGGAGUCCGAGAAGCAGAAGUUGAGGGCUCAGGUGAGGAGGCUGUGCCAGGAGAAUCAGUGGUUGAGGGAUGAGCUGGCCAACACUCAGCAGAAACUGCAAAGGAGUGAACAGUCUGUGGCCCAACUGGAGGAGGAGAAGAAACAUCUAGAGUUUAUGAAUCAGCUGAAGAAAUAUGACGACGACAUUUCUCCAUCGGAUGAUAAGGACAGCGAUUCAUCUAAGGAGCCUCUUGAUGACCUCUUCCCCAAUGAUGAUGAUGACCAAGGACCAGGAAUACAACAACAGCACAGCAGCGCUGCAGCUGCGGCUCAGCAAGGAGGCUAUGAGAUCCCUGCACGGUUAAGGACUCUUCACAAUCUUGUGAUUCAGUAUGCAUCCCAAGGGAGGUAUGAGGUGGCUGUUCCUCUCUGCAAGCAAGCCCUGGAAGACCUAGAGAAAACCUCUGGCCAUGAUCACCCUGAUGUUGCUACAAUGCUCAAUAUACUGGCUCUGGUGUACAGGGAUCAGAACAAAUACAAAGAUGCUGCCAAUCUAUUAAACGAUGCCCUGGCCAUCCGAGAAAAAACUUUGGGCAAAGAUCACCCAGCGGUUGCAGCCACUCUUAAUAACCUAGCUGUGCUCUAUGGGAAGAGAGGGAAGUACAAGGAAGCAGAACCAUUAUGUAAGAGGGCCCUAGAAAUCCGGGAAAAGGUAUUGGGUAAGGACCACCCAGACGUAGCUAAACAACUGAACAACUUGGCCUUACUGUGUCAGAACCAAGGCAAAUAUGAGGAAGUGGAAUACUAUUACCAGAGAGCAUUGGAGAUUUACCAGACCAAAUUGGGGCCAGAUGAUCCAAAUGUGGCAAAAACUAAGAACAACCUGGCUUCUUGCUAUCUGAAACAAGGCAAGUUCAAGCAAGCUGAGACUUUGUACAAAGAAAUCUUGACAAGAGCACAUGAAAGGGAGUUUGGAUCAGUUGACGAUGAAAACAAACCUAUCUGGAUGCACGCCGAAGAAAGAGAAAAGUUCAAAGGUAAACAGAAGGAUGGCACAUUUGGCGAGUAUGGAGGCUGGUAUAAAGCAUGCAAAGUUGACAGUCCCACAGUGACCACUACCCUGAAAAACCUUGGAGCACUUUACAGACGUCAGGGCAAGUUUUGAAGCUGCAGAAACACUAGAAGAGGCAGCGAUGAGGUCACGGAAACAGGGACUAGACAAUGUCCACAAGCAGCGAGUGGCUGAAGUUUUAAAUGACCCAGAAAGCAUUGAGAAGAGGAGGAGCCGGGAGAGCCUUGAUGUGGUAAAGUACGAGAGCGGUCCAGACGGAGGGGAAGAAGUGAGUAUGAGCGUAGAGUGGAACGGGGAUGGCACUGGAUCUUUAAAACGCAGCGGGUCCUUUAGCAAACUCCGCGCUUCCAUAAGACGCAGCAGUGAGAAGCUGGUCAGGAAGCUGAAAGGAGGCAGUUCACGAGAUGGUGAACCAAAGAAUCCUGGCAUGAAGCGUGCCAGUUCUCUGAAUGUUCUUAACACGGGCGGCAAGGCUGCUGAGGACCAUAUGCAAGAACGAAAUAAUUGUCUAACAGACUCGAGAGGUUUGAGUGCUAGUCACACUGACUUGGCUCAUUAA